UCGGUGAGGCGGCGGUUCCGGGUUCGCUGGGUGGCGGAGAUGAGCUUUGAGUGGCCCUGGCAGUACCGCUUCCCCCCGUUUUUCACAUUGCAGCCCAAUGUGGACACCCGGCAGAAGCAGAUGACAGCCUGGUGCUCCUUGGUGCUGUCGUACUGUCGCCUCAACAAGCAGUACACGAUGACGGUCAUGGAGGCCCAAGAAAGCCCACUGUUCAACAACAAGAAGCUACAGCGGAAACUCCCCAUGGAAUCCAUACAAGUUGUGUUAGAAGAACUCAGGAAAAAAGGGAACCUAGAAUGGUUAGACAAGAACAAAUCCAGUUUCCUGAUCAUGUGGCGGAGACCAGAAGAAUGGGGAAAGCUCAUCUAUCAGUGGGUGUCUAAGAACGGCCUGACCAACUCUGUAUUCACACUCUAUGAGCUGUCCAAUGGAGAUGACACAGAGAAUGAAGAGUUCCAUGGCUUGGAAGAAUCCAUGUUGCUUCGUGCCCUGCAAGCCUUACAACAAGAGCACAGGGCUGAAAUUAUCACACUCGACGACGGCCGAGGCGUCAAGUUCUUUCAAUAGGCACCCCUCCCUUUCCAUCUCCUCUGACUGCUAAAGUAUUUCUAGCUUGAAAGGCUCAGUCUUCAGGCCUGGAAUCGAGCAGUGACUGGAAGCUGCUGCAUAUUCUGGCCUUCUUGGGGCAAGGAGAAGGUGUGAAGCCUUCCGAAGACAUGACUUUUUCUUAGAAAUCUUCAGAGAUCUUCUGUCGUUCUCUACUCCCUGUUGAUUCUGUUUAUCUGAGGGGUUAAAGCUGCUCUAGGUAGAUUCAAGAGGAACCGCUCCAGGAAUGAUGCGGAACCACUCCAGUUAUUGACCCUAGUUCCCGUGCAAGCAGCUGAAGAGCAGGCGCUGGCAAGCCAAUCACAGGGCUCUUCAGCUGGAGGCUGGUUAGUUGAGUUUGGCUUUCAAAGGGCAGAUCUCUCGCCCCGUUCCGGUCACAGAGUGCGACGAGCAGAACCACCGAACCGGUGACAGCUUUUGAGUUAUAAAAUAUGUCAGCAGAAGAACGAGAGGCGUCACUGUGAAGCAGACGGAACCGGGGAGGUGCCUGGGAAUUCAUUUGGCAUAAUUAAAAGAAGGUGUAUUUAUAGAGCAGCACUGGGUGGUUUUUUUGCUUCAUUGGUAAUGAAACUGAGGGUUGCUUUUCUGUCAGAUUAGUGGCCUUACAUUGUAAUUCUGCGUUGAAAAGGCUGUGAAGAUGGCAGACUACUGGGGAGAGGGGAAGGGUUCCCAGCGAGUCUCUCUCGCUGAUUCCAAAUCCAGUGGUCUGUCUUUGUAAGUGAAAAGAUGCCUUUUCUAACUGCCAGCCCCACAGACAGUCUGGGCUCUUUCCAGCCUGUGUCCUAGGGUGUGCAGCGUCACCUGGGCACUCCUGCCUGUGGCUAGAGAGAUGGAGCAGGUGUGACAGGGCUGCUCUGUAGCAGUGAUGGGUAGUGGAAGGGGACAGUUUGGUAUUCAGACCCUCUGCCCUGGUGACGAUGGGUGAAACAGCAAGAGCUCAGCUCAAUUCUGCUGGACAAGUCUUAGCUGUGUUUUCUGGGGCAGCACAGGACAGUUUGCCCUUCCCUGCCCUUGUCUAAGCAGCAUUCGGCACUGGUUCAGCUGCAGCCCUCGCUGACACCCCUUGUCAACAGCAGGUAAUUUUCAGUGCUGACAAGGUGCUAGAGCCCGGCCUGAGUUUGUGGGGCUGGUGGAGAGAAAACCCUUCUGGAUUGUAAUGGGAACUCAUGUGACUUGGAGUCAGUGGUACACACGCCCUCGGCUCACAUGCUGUCCUUCUCACAGGUGCGUCUGUGUCGACCUGCACUUGGGGGCUUUGGUGUGACACCUCAGUUCUGGGGCCGUCUCUUACUGCUGCCCUGAGUGCUGCUUUGCUGGUAGGAGGUGUAGUAAGAUGAGGCCCUAAAACAUAAACUCUUGUGUCAGAGGCCCAGUCUGAGGCCUGAAGCCUGAA